AGAGAGAGAGAGGGAGAGAGAGACUCCCAAGAAGGCUCCACACUGUCAGCACAGAGCCUGAUGCGGGGCUCGAACCCACAAACCCUGAGAUCAUGACCUGAGCUGAAAUCGAGAUUCAGAUGCUUAACCAACUGAGCCACCCGGGUGCCCCUGCUGUGAUUUUCUUAAAUGCUAAGAAACACUGUGGUGACACACACUGUCGACAAUGUGUGGUGAUAAGAUGUUGCCCUAUACCUUAAGGGUGUCUUCCAUUCCAUAGAUCUCACCUACCUGAAUCUCCCUGGUCAUCUCUACCCAUUCCCCAAGUCUACCUAGUGCCAACAGUGAUGUUAAAGCAUGAUGGGGCCAACUGCAUUAAACAUACUUUAUUAUUCUUUUAAAGUAAUCUCUAUAUCCAACGUGGAGCUCGAACUCACAACCCCAAGAUCAAGAGUUGUCUGCUCCACCGACUGAGCCAGCCAGGUGCCCCAAACAUACUUUAAAUUUCUAUAAACUGACGCAUUAACACCCACAAAAUGGGAACUAGGUGCUCCUAGGUAAACCUUGCCCUUCACCCCCACCCCAAGAAUAUCUUGAGACUUUAAAUAGCUCCAGGCCAUAUGAUCCGAUAGUCACAGUGAACACGGGACCACUGUCAACAGAACCAGCCAAUCCCAAGCCUGCUCACCCAGGUUUGCCCGUUCCUUCCCAGAAGCCACAACAAAGUCUGUCCACGUCUCCGCUCCCAGGGAGUUCCGGCUUCCUCUCGACCAGCCGCAAAGCCUCUCCUGGGUGUCCCGAGUGGCACAUUGUUCUCCUCCGGAACCGUGGCGUUUGAUUCUCUGGUCUAUUUAACAAGGUCUUCUCUUGUGCAAGAUUGUGACUUGGAGUUUCUUAUUUCUUUUAAUAAAAAGCCAGAAGAGUGGAAAGAGAUGAGCUCAGUGAAACUCUGCUCUGUAAAGCUGAACGAUGGGUUCUUCAUGCCCAUGCUGGGAUUUGGCACCUCUGCUCCUAAUAAGGUUGCUAAGAGUGAGGUGCAAGAGGCUGUCAUGAGAGCAAUCGAUGUAGGCUACCGCCAUUUUGACUCUGCUUACUUGUAUCUAAAUGAAGAAGAGAUUGGGAGGGCCAUCCGGAAGAAGAUCGCUGAUGGCUCUGUGAAGAGAGAGGACAUAUUCUACACUUCAAAGGUGUGGGGAACCUUUUUACGUCCAGAAUUGGUUCGAACCAGCUUGGAAAUAUCGCUGAGGAAACUUCAGUUGAGCUAUGUGGAUCUUUAUCUUAUACAUAUCCCAAUACCUUUGAAGGUUAGCAAAAAGCUCUUCCCAAAGGACGAACACGGAGAACUCAUUUUCGACACAGUGGAUCUCUGUGCCACGUGGGACGCCAUGGAGAAGUGUAAGGAUUCAGGGCUGGCCAAGUCCAUCGGGGUGUCCAACUUCAACCGCAAGCAGCUGGAGAGGAUCCUGGACAAGCCCGGCCUCAAGUACAAGCCUGUGUGCAACCAGGUGGAGUGUCACCCUUACCUCAACCAGAGCAAACUGCUGGAGUUCUGCAAGUCCCAGGACAUCGUCUUGACUGCGUACGCGGCCUUGGGGUCCAACUCAGGGAAGGAAUGGUUGAGCAAGAACAACCCAGUUCUCCUGGAGGAUCCAGUACUCAGUGCCAUUGCUGCAAGGCACAGGCGAACCCAGCCCAGGUGGCCCUGGGCUACCAGCGGGGGGGGGGGGGGGGGGGGGGGGGGCCUGGCCAAGAGCUUCGAUGAGGAGAGAAUUCGGGAGAACUUCCAGGUUUUGGAUUUCCAUUUGACACCAGAGGACAUGGAAAGUCUAGACAGUCUAAACAGGAACAUUCGCUAUUUUGUAGAUCUGUUAUUUAGCCGUCAUCCGGAUUUCCCAUUUUCUGAUGAGUGUUAAUGGCAUUGUCUGUGCUCCCUCCAGAGUUCUUUGAUUUGGUUCGAUGAUUGGCGAACACCAGGUACUUGGUUUAUCCCCUGUUGCUGCCUCGUCAACCAUGGUGUGACUCCGCAGGUUAGGAAAUGAAAGUCUCUAAACCAGUCUUUUCCCUCCAAAGUAAAUGAGAAUAUGUUUCAAACAACCUAA